AUGCACCUGAACCAAGACGGGUCUUCCGGCCGCGAGCUAGUCUUGUACAUGAGCACCUCAGAUUCGGGUUCCGGGUCCGGGUCCGGCGCCGGCUUUGGUUCCAACCUCGACGGAAACAAGUGGUCUGGCAGGACGCCUCCUGCUAGGGAUCCCAACGCGCCAGCUCCAGACCCAUACGAUACACCGCACGGAUCCAUCUGGUAUUGUUACUCGGAGAUGUGCAGGGACAAGAAAACGUACAACUGGAGCAACAUUUGUCGACACUGCGGUGUCAGGCCUAACAAGGCCUAG